CUGGCCAUGAACUACAAGUGGUUAUCUUAUCUCCUGGCCAUCGUCUGACUUACGAGUCUGUUGUCCAUUUGGCUUCAUUAACAUGACAGAGAGAUCAUCUUUAGGUAAAUGUAUUCAUUUAUGCCUCAGAAUUUUAAAAAUGUUGUGGCUUUGUGCUGCUGUGCAUGCCUGUCAACGAAAAUUGAGGCAAUCUUCACCUCUAACCAUCAAGUUAUGAGGGUGUAAUAAACUUAGUGAAGUUAUCUCGCCUUAAUCCUCAAUCCACCAGGAGUGUGCUUCUCUGCAUGAAGAAAUAUAAAUUGAUUGGCAAGUGGUCCUUGAUGAUACAGGCAUUUGUUUUUGUUAAUGAAUGUUUGAGUUUAGUUCCAUUGCUUGCCAUGUACAGUGUAGCCAGGUCUAGCCCCAUUAAGUUUUUAUUGCUACCAUACUUAAGUUUUGGGACAGCCACUAGUGUGGGAGGCAAUAAAAGUCUGCUUCCAUGAUAUCCUGAAAGACUAUGGUAUCUUUACUAUGUUGGAGGGAUGAAAGUCCUGCAGAGAAUGACAUAUGAGGAACGGGUUGGGCAGGCUGGAAGAGGUGGAUGGCCUGACCCAGCCUUGGGACUAAGAGGGCGGGCCCAGCCUUGAGCCCAACAGGAUCCAGGGGAUGAACUUGUCCAGAUUGAAUCCAACAUGAAGAAAUUUUCAAACCUGCAGUCAAGCUUUGGUGGCUAAGAUUAUAGAGGUUGCUCCAAUUCGUGUAUAUGAAGUUGCGACAUUUUAUUCAAUGUUCAAUCAGACAAAGGCUGGCAAAUAUCACCUUUUGGUCUGUGGCACAACACCUUGUAUGAUACGUGGUUCUCGUGAAAUAGAAGAGGCUUUACUAAAUCACCUCGGAGUGAAGCGCAAUGAGGUAACAAAGGAUGGCAUGUUUUCUGUUGGGGAAAUGGAAUGCAUGGGUUGUUGUGUAAAUGCUCCAAUGAUUACGGUGGCUGACUACUCCAAGGGCUCAGAAGGAUACACAUACAAUUACCAUGAGGAUGUUACUCGAAAGCGCGUGGUUGAGAUUGUUGAGAUGUUGAGAAGGGGGGCAAAACCACCGGUUGGCACGCAGAACCCUAAGCGUAUAAUGAGUGGACCUGAAGGAGGGAACACAACUUUGCUUAGUGAGCCAAAGCCUCCCCCAUGUCGGGACCUUGACGCAUGCUAAAUUUAAAAUAGAAAAUAUUGUUCCAUUGAUGCAAAAAUUGGGAAACAGCCUCUCCGCAAAUUGGGGGUAAAGCUGCGUACAUUAUGACCGUCCCAGAUGCAUUGGGUACACCCUUUUUCUAAUAAUGCAAAAAUUGGAUAUUUGAUUAGCCUCCCUUCAUCAGAGGCUUUGUAACUGUUAUUUGUUCAACUAUUUGAGUAUCUGCCUGCAUGAUUUUGGGUUAGCAAUCAACAUAUUCAAGUUUCCUUUAAAA